AUGAACGGCCAAGAGCAGGCUCCGGCUCCUGCUCCUACUCCUGCCCCAGAAACGACACAUCAUGAACCUGAUACUCCUGAGCAACCAGCUGCGAAGAGACUUAAGGUGAACGAUGCAGCCCAUUCAAGAGCAGGUUCAAAUGCUACAGAGGGCCCCGACGGACAGGAGUCCCGAGAUGUGCUAACAAACGGCAAUGGCGAGACUGUUGCCGAAUCACGCGCCCCCAUCGACCGUCGUGUAGGCACAACACCAAUUAAGAAGGAGUACCUUCUUGGUGUAUCUACGUCAAGAAAUUCAGAAUCAGAGAUGGCGGAUGACGACGCCGCUGAAGGCCGUGGUGGUGAUGACAGAGAUCGCAGAGACAACCACGGAGGUGCGAAAGGCAAAAGGGGGAAAAAGGAGAAAAGAAAGAAAGGCCAGAACACCGAACGCUCUUUUGGCCGCUUCGGAGAUUCCAUCCAACUCUGUAACAGUCGCGCCAUGUACCCCGAAUUCUCACCUCACCCGUGCAAAUUCGGUGACGAGUGCCGCAUGUCUCACGACUUGCGAAAGUAUCUCGAAGAAGGACGUCGCGAGGAUGUCGAAACCUUUGGCGGCAAGUGUCCCGUAUUUGAGCAGUACGGCGUCUGUUUCUCGGGCUGGAAAUGCCGCUUUGUUAAGAGCCACAUGAGGGAGCUGGAGCACGAGGACGGCCGAAAGGAGCUGGUUCUCAUUGAUAACUCAAACACGACGGAAUCCAACGGCACAGAGCCCAUGCCAACGUCAACCAAGGUCUCCGGUGGUGAUGAACUUGAUGAGCGCCGAGCAGGAAUCUACAACAACGUCGCUAUGAGUACCAAGAUUGACCUGAACCGUAAGCGAAUCGACUUCGCCAAAGCAGACGAGUACAUCAAGUGGAUGAACGACGAAGCCACCCUCAACAACUCGUUCCACCAUCGUCGCAAGGACCAGUCCAACGAAGGCAUCGAGGACCUCCGCGCCCAGUUCGUCGACCCCCCUUUCAAGCCGUCCGAAAAGCGCCGGCUGUACUUUGGUCCCGAAACACCCACUCUCGCACCGCUGACCACCCAGGGAAACCUCCCCUUCCGCCGUCUCUGCGUCGAACUCGGCUGCGAACUGACAUACUCCGAAAUGGCAAUGGGCAUGCCCCUCCUGCAAGGUACAAAGGCAGACUGGACGCUUCUUAAGGCGCACGAAUCCGAGAUCCAACCGCCCGCCUUCAAGCCCAGCAGCAACAACUACGUCUUUGAAAACUACGACAACUCGCGCGACCUGCGCUUCGGUGCCCAAAUCUCCGGCAACCAGCCCUGGAUCGUCACCAAAGCCGCCGACGUCCUCAACCGCUACUGCCCUCACCUGCGCCUUAUCGACCUUAACUGCGGAUGCCCCAUCGAUAUGGUUUUCAAAUCCGGCGGCGGCUCAGCUCUUCUCGAAUCCCAGGGCAAGCUUGAACGUAUGAUCCGCGGCAUGAACGCCAUGUCCGGCGAGAUUCCCAUCACCGCCAAGAUACGAACGGGCGUGAAGUCGUCUCGCCCAACGGCCCCCUCUGUCAUCUCCAAACUCGCCUUUGGAUCACGCGAGCACCGCGAACGCCUCGGCGCCCCCGGGUGCGCGGCAUUGACCCUUCACGGCCGCAGCCGAGAGCAGCGGUACACCAAACGCGCGGACUGGAGCUACAUCGGCGAAUGCGCGGCCCUUAUCAAGACCUACAACGAGCAAAGGGACGCCCUGGCCGACACUGCCGCCGAGCCUGACGCGAGCACCCUCCCCAAUUCUAAAGACGGAAGGAUGUACUUCCUCGGCAAUGGCGACUGCUACUCUCACACGGAAUACUUUGAGCAUGUUUCCAAAUCCCGUGUCGACACCGUCAUGAUUGGUCGUGGCGCCCUCAUCAAGCCCUGGCUUUUUGAAGAGAUUCAACAGGGUCAGUAUCUCGAUAAAUCUGCUUCCGAACGUCUCACGUACAUCGAGAAAUUUGUACGCUACGGUCUCGACGCCUGGGGCUCAGAUGAGCUCGGCAUCGGGUUCACCAGACGUUUCCUACUGGAGUGGUUGAGUUUUGCGCAUCGCUAUGUCCCCGUCGGCCUGCUGGAGGUGCUGCCGCCUAGUUUGAAUGAUCGUCCGCCGGCCUACGUGGGAAGGAAUGAUUUGGAGACUCUAAUGGCCAGUGGGAAUUACAAGGACUGGAUCAAGAUUACGGAAAUGUUCUUGGGACCGGUCCAUCCUGGAUUCGAGUUUCAGCCUAAACAUCGGUCGAAUGCUUAUGAGGCAGAGGGUUAA